GUUAACAAUUGAUUUUUAAUUACUAACGAAAUGAAGUCUUUAAUUAUUCUCGUUGCUCUCAUUGGCUUUGCCUCUAGUAAAAGUCGACCUCGUUUAUCUAUCGAUGGACUAGAUCCAAUGUCCGAUGAGAUGAUUAAGCAAAUUAAUUCACUUGGAACUACCUGGAAGGCCGGUAAAAACUUCGAAGGACUUCCAAUUUCUCAUGUUAAGAAUUUACUUGGUGUUCGAAAAAGUGAAUCAAUCUUAAAGUUACCUCGAGUUUAUCAUCAAAUUAACGACGAUUUACCAGCCACCUUUGAUGCACGAGAAGCUUGGCCUAAUUGUACAUCAACUCGACUUAUUCGUGAUCAAGGUUCUUGUGGAUCAUGUUGGGCAUUUGGUUCAGUAGAAGCGAUGUCGGAUCGAAUUUGUAUUGCAUCUAAAGGGAAAAUUCAAGUCGAUUUAUCAGCUGAAGAUGUUCUCGAUUGUUGUGAAGAUUGUGGAUUUGGUUGUGGUGGUGGUGAUCCAGGGGAAGCUUGGAAUUACUUUCAAGCAUCAGGCGUUGUCUCUGGUGGAUUAUAUCAAGGAACUGGUUGUCUUCCUUACUCAAUUGCUCCAUGUGAACACCACGUUGAAGGACCUCGUCCGGCUUGUGGUGAUCAAGAUGCAGCACAAUGUACCAGGAGUUGUGUUCCAGGAUAUUCAAAAUCUUUCAAGGACGAUAAACACUUCGGUCGUGCUCCAUAUUCUGUUGAAGGUGCACAACAAAUAAUGAAGGAAAUUAUGACCAAUGGUCCAGUUACCGCCAGUUUUGAGGUCUACGCUGAUUUCCCAACUUACAAAUCAGGUGUGUAUCAACAAGUAUCUGAAGAUUUUCUCGGAGGACAUGCAAUCAAAAUUCUUGGUUGGGGAACUGAAAAUAAUGUUGAUUAUUGGCUGGUUGCUAAUUCUUGGAACACUGAUUGGGGUGACAAAGGUUACUUUAAAAUCCGACGAGGAACCAACGAAUGUGGCAUUGAAUAUAAUGUUGUCGCUGGAUUACCACGUAUCUAAAUGGAUAGAGAUUAUAGGAAUGAUCAACGUGUUUUUUUGAACACUUUUCUCAAAAUGUUGCCUCGAUGAAGAAAGUCGAUAAACUCUCUUUCACAUUUCGUUUCUUAUAAAAUUAAAUAAUUGUUUUGAACAUUCUCACCUUGAAAAA